UAGUAUCAGACGGUCCGCUACGCCGCGCGGACGCGUCACUACGUCGCUCUGAACCGCAUACAGCUGUCAGUUACCGGGACCGCAGUGCCAAGGGACUGUGUACUUUGUGAAUCUAGUGCUGUUUUUGACGGAUUCUGACUGCAGUGUUGUGUUGUGUAGAGCGUUAGAAGCGUGUGAUGCGCUCGUGAAGUGAUGUUCAUCAAAGCCGGGCCUCCGGCCGAGGAGGAGCGCCGGGGUUCGGUCUCCAACUGGUUUUCUUCACUGCGGCGGGGCGGGCGGCGGCGGCGCGAAGAACCCUCGCCCUCGAACUACGGCUCCCUGGGCCGGCGUAAGGACACGCAACCCCGCGGCAAGACCAGAUCCGCCUGGGACCUAACCUCUGUAUCUAGACUGCAACUCAAAGAUGAGCUCGGCGAGGUGGUCGCGGAGCUGGAGGCGCUGGACGGGCAGGAGGAGUGCAAACAGAACAGCAAGGCCAAACAGAUGAGCAUCGGCAGGAAAAAGUUCAACAUGGACCCCAAGAAAGGUAUCGAAUACCUGUACGAGAACGGUCUCCUCCAGAGGACACCCGAGGACGUAGCACAGUUUCUGCACAAAGGCGAGGGUCUGAGCAAAACCGCCAUCGGGGACUACCUCGGCGAGCGCUCGGAUUUCAACGAGGCCGUGCUACGUGCCUUUGUGGAGCUGCACGACUUCACGGACCUCAUUCUGGUGCAGGCACUAAGACAAUUCCUCUGGAGCUUCCGUCUCCCCGGCGAGGCCCAGAAGAUCGACCGCAUGAUGGAGUGCUUCGCGCAGCGCUACUGCCAGCUCAACCCGGACAUCUUCACCAACGCGGACACCUGCUACGUGCUCAGUUUCGCCAUCAUCAUGCUCAAUACUUCGCUACACAACCCUAGUGUUAAAGAAAAACCUGGGCCCGAGCAGUUCGUCGCUAUGAACAGAGGGAUCAACAAUGGAGGGGACUUACCACAUGAAUUGCUCUUGUCAUUAUACGAGUCUAUAAAGACGGAGCCGUUCAAGAUACCGGAGGACGACGGGAACGAUCUGAUGCACACGUUCUUCAAUCCGGACAAGGAGGGGUGGCUGUGGAAACAGGGCGGCAGAUACAAGUCGUGGAAGAGACGGUGGUUUAUACUCAACGAUAACUGCCUGUACUACUUCGAAUACACGACGGACAAGGAGCCAAGGGGCAUCAUUCCACUUGAAAAUAUAUCUGUGCGUCCCGCGUCGGACCGCACUCGGCCGCACUGCCUGGAGCUGUACGCGAGCGGCGGCGCCGACCUCAUCAAGGCGUGCAAGACCGACUCCGAGGGGAAGGUCGUCGAGGGGAAGCACACCGUUUAUAGGAUGUCAGCGUCGGCGGCGGAGGAGCGCGACGACUGGAUCGAGUGCCUGCGCCGCUCCAUCAGCCACAACCCCUUCUACGACAUGCUCGCGCAGCGCAAGAAGAAGGCGCAGCACCAGCACCACCCCGCGCACUAGCCAGCCCCGACAC